AUUUUAUUGUUGGCUGGGCGAUGUGAAUGCAGCAUGUAUGAAGUGGCGCUUAGUGCGUCCGGUGCGAUUGGAUAGAAUAGUACUCGUUUGCCUGCAAGUCAGCAGUUGCGGAUAGUUUUGUGUUAGAUAACGGCUUGGCUUAUAUAAAAUCAGCAUUCGUGUAUGCGAUUUGUACGGAAACUAUAUAACAUAUUAUAACGGAAAUACCGUUCGCUAGUGGAACUCCGAAAAAUUACAAUAACAAAUAAAAGUUUUUAAAUAAAUUGUGUUGUAAAUAAAUUGGAAGUGAUGCGGUUGUUUUAAAAAAAUGUGAGGCAGCACAAUGGCAAAAACAAUAAUACAACAACAACUAAGCUGUUUGCACACGAAAUUUAAGUGAUGAUUUAUAAAUGAAUGGUGAACUGCUUCGAACAUUUAAUGUGGUGUAGUGUCUAUAGUGUUAUUGUUGUGAUAACUGAGCAACUGCGUAACUGAGUGCGAUCAAUUAACAACAACUGUUUGCCAGUGUUUAGUGUAGAAAAAUGCAAGAAGUGUGUAGCAACUUAGACCCCCAAAUGGGCGCGCAAAUCAAAUCCGAAUCGCCGUUGAAUGCUCUGCAUGUGUCCACGGGCCAGACGAUAGUGCCAUUGGUGCCGGUGGCACCGACGGCGGUGUCAGUGUCGGUUUCAGCGCCGACGCAAAUGCCUCUAGUGCCACAGCCACAGCCGCCGCCACCGCCAUCGGCGGCCAUGCUCGUCAACAAAAUGGGACCGACAAACUGUGAUAAACGUGUGACCGCUGCCGAUACGGCAUACUGGAUGGCCGCCUCCGAGGGGGGUUUCAUCAACUCACAACCGUCCAUGGCUGAGUUUCUCAACCAUCUGAGUCCGGAGAGUCCAAAGAUGGGUACACCUGUCGGUGGUGGUGUUGGUGUUGGUGGCGGCGGAUAUCCGGUCGGUGUUGGUAUUGGUGUGCCACAGACGCCGGACGGCAUGGAUUCGGUGCCCGAGUACCCGUGGAUGAAGGAGAAGAAGACAUCGCGAAAAAGUCAAAAUAAUAACAAUCAAGCCGAUAAUGCUAUAACUGAAUUCGUUCCAGAAAAUGGUCUCCCCCGACGCCUGCGUACUGCCUACACCAACACACAGCUGCUGGAACUCGAGAAGGAGUUCCAUUUCAAUAAGUAUCUAUGCCGACCGCGACGAAUCGAGAUUGCAGCGAGUUUGGAUUUGACCGAGCGACAGGUCAAGGUGUGGUUUCAGAAUAGACGUAUGAAGCAUAAGCGUCAAACGCUCUCGAAGACGGACGAUGAAGACAACAAAGACAGUCUAAAAGGUGAUGAUGAUCAGUCUGAUAGUAACUCCAAUUCAAAGAAAUCUUGUCAAGGCUGUGAGCUGCCAUCGGAUGAUAUACCGGAUUCCACCUCGAAUUCACGGGGACACAACAAUAACACACCCAGUGCGACCAAUAACAAUGCGAGUGCCGGAAGCUUGACGCCAAACUCGACCUUGGAGUCAGGUAUAUCUUCAAAUCUACUCGGUAGCUCCACGGUCUCUGCGUCAAACAUGAUCAGCGCCGAUUCCAGUGUGGCUUCCAGCGUCAGUCUGGACGAAGAUAUGGACGAAAGUCCCAUCAAAGUCAAGAAAAAAGAUGACAGUCAAGUCGUUAAGAAUGAGGCGGUUUCAACAUCCACCAAAGCGUCACCGUUUCCUUAUGACUCACCGGUUGGCAAUGGUGGAGGCAACAACGUCACUGGCAACACCGCUGCUUUGUUGUCUGGUGGUGGUGGUGGAUUCCGUCGGAACUCAGACACUACGUCACACAACACGAACUCGAACUGUGGUCCCAACAGCGAAGGUGGUUCGCGUAGAAAACGUUUCCAAAAUGGCAACACGGCGAAUGCGGCCCAUAACGACAGUGGCAGUGGGCGUGCUGGCAUGGCUGCGUACUUCCAUGGUGGCUACUACCCAAAACAUAACCAACACGACCAACGGCCACACUUGCACCAUGUGCAGCAGUCGCAACUGCAGCCACCGCAGUCGCAGCUGCCGUCGGCGCAAAUACAAUCGCCGCACGAUUACUACGGCAAGUACGAUAUUGAAUUCGCCGCGUCCGCUUCGCCGCAACACGGCGCGCAAGUAACGUUGCCAAUGCCACCACAUCACAAGCUGCAGCAAAUGCCAAACAAUAGCCAACUGCAGCACCAGUCGAAUGGUGAAUAUCCGAGCGCCAAACCGGAUUUCAUUAGCAAACUUUCGCCCGAAAUGCACAAUGCAAAACUUCAACAUGAAUUCCAAGCAGCCAAGACAACAGCCGUGAAUGCAUUCCAACACACGCAAACUCACCACCAACCACAGCCACCACCACACCAGCAAGUCUUCUACAAUCAUGGUGGCGAACCAAUGCCGCCAGGUGCCGCUGGCCAGUACAUGAACUAUAAUCACCAAGGGGUGGACAAUAGUGGUGUGUAUAUGCAUCCUCACCACCAUGGUGGUGCUGAGUUUGAGGCGACAUCUCUGAAUGCAGCCGGCAAUUACUACGAAGCCAAGUCACAAACCGCCGCGUAUUAUGAGCACUUGAAUUUCCAACAGCAACAGCACCAACAACAAAUCCACCCCGAUUUUCACCAACACCAGCAAGCGCACGAUGUGCAACAACUUCAACAGCAACAACAACAACAGCAUAUUGGUGGCAUACCAGCCGAAUUCAUGGUGGAUGGCACACCACACAUGAAGCUCGGCGCCGCAGCAGCGCCGGCAGUGACGUCAGCAGAUGUUUACAUGCCGCCCAACGCCAGCGCUCUGGGUGUGCAAAUGGAGAACUGUGAUGGCAGCUACGGCAACUUUGCCAAUUUCUAUGAGAAUGGUCAAACGCAACUACAGCCGCAACCGGCUAUGCCACCGCACCAUGCGCAAGCACAUCACCACCCACCGCAUCCACACCCACAUCACCAGCCUUCUGCCGGCCACAUGAAUAUCGGUACUAACAACUUCGCUAUGAAUGGCGGUUCGCCGGCAAAUGCCCCCGCUUAUCCGUUGCCGGGCAAUGGUGGACCUGUCGCUGUGGCUGGUGGCAAUCUAACCGGUAUGGAGAAUUCCAAUAGCUCUUCGGACUUCAACUUCCUCAGUAAUCUAGCGAAUGACUUUGCACCCGAAUACUACCAGCUGAGUUAGUUCAUCUAAGAAACUUGAAAUCCUUAACCAGUAGUCAUUCAUGAUUUUUUGUGUUUUAAGAAUUCUAUACGUUUGGUGUCUUAUUUUAUAAUAAUUCUUAUUUUUUAUUGAAAUAUAGAACUCAUAUGAAUCAAAAAUUAUUUUAUGUAAUGUUGAUAGUUUCUAGUUAUGUUCUUUUUGUUUGUUUCCUUCACUUUUUUGAAGUACUUAUUUUUAGAAUUUGCUUUUCCAAUAUUUC